GGUGUAUCUAUGGUCCAACGUAAGCUGUCGUUUUUAUUUCUAAAGAGAAGCCAGUAGAUUGUCUGUGUUAAUAGGCCCAACUUAUCCCCUCUUUUGAAUACCAGCCAUUUUUCCGCGUCGUUACGAUGCGUUUCUACUUCGUAGGAUACGAGCAGUACAUGUGACGUGCUGCUACUCGUAAAGAUCCGAGCAAUGUUCUUUGUGAAGUCACGCAACGCCCCUCCGAAAGAACUGCUUUGAAGCAGUCUAUUCUCCCUCAAAUUGAUCAAAUCUCAGCUGAAAGGACCUGAAAGGCAAAGUGAAAGGUAAGUGUUAUUCAGUUUAAGUUACUUCAUGGCUUAUUUCGAAAGUUAUUUCAACGUUAUUUUCCACUUUAUGGCAGUUAGCAAAGUUCCUCAGUCGGUUCCUUAAAAAAUCCUCGGUUCUAACGGAUAUAUCCAAUCUACCCGACUCCUGAGGUCACCCCUCCGACCCACCCCCACCCCCCACCCGCCUGAUUAGACCCUUGAGCACCUGGUGUUUCUAACGCUGAAAAACUGGCAAUUUUUUUCAAUACUUGAGAUAAAAAAAAUAAAAUACGUCAGUCAAAUUUUCGGAAAUGGUACUCCUUCAAAUUCGGGCGGAGUUUAAAGUUAAUUGGUCUAAGCAGAAAAUCCCUUCACUUUAUAGCAAGAAUUCCUGACUAUUUAUAGGUACUACAGUCGAACCCCGCUAUUUCGAAGUCCCAAGGGAAAUGAAAAAAACUUCGAAAUAGCGGGGCUUCGAAAUAACCGGGGAAGCGCAAAGGGGAAGGGUAAAUCCAAGGGAAUUCGAUCUUCCUUCGAAAUAGCGGGGACUUCGAAUUAACCGAGUUCGAAAUAGCGAGGUUCGACUGUACUUACAGGAAGACCUAUGUGUUUAGUGAUGUAACUGUCGCCAUGGUAGUACAAGUGAAAAAAAUUGACAUCAAGAAGUCUCCAGAAUUUCGUUAUAAUUUUUCGAUAGAAGAAAAAUGUUUUUCUUCAAUUUCCUGCAGUGGAAUGACCUAAACAAUAGUGAUGGUUGCGUCAAAGAAAGUCAAUCUGCAUGCGACCUCUGGUGACAAACACAUGAUAUACAUGCUCUUGCCUCGCCCUCCCAUGCAAGCGCAUAUAAUAUAAACUGAUAUCAAGUCCGCCUCAUUAAUUUAAGGCUACAUCCAUUGGAAAACUUGUCUCUUAUUGGUGACUUCUCAACGAUGAGCUGCUCUAUAUGUUUUGUCAUAUUUCUGGUUUUUGUUUCUGUGUUUGCCUCGACUGCCAACGGUGAGUUAAAAUAUUUUUAACGCACGGCAAAAACUGAUACUACUUUUUAAGGCCUUGAAACUAUAACAACUUUAAAUAUUUGUAAAAAUUAUUUUAAACUCUCAGCAACAACUACGGCAUCCAUACUCCAAAUUUAACUUAAACUUUCAUCACGCAAACUUCAACUGUCAUCCUCAACUCAUAUUGGCCCGCUGCAAUCUUUAAACUCUUUUUUAACAAGGCAUGGUUUUUAGGCCAACCCGGCUGAAUGGAGACUACGAAUGCUUUUUUUUUAAAUCUCGCGUCUUUUCUUUCUUUUCUCUUGGUUUGUGCACGAAAUAUCCUUAACAUACACUUAAGUUGAAAAGUAUAGAAUUUCGGAAAACCGAUAUGAACGUGACCUUAGAAAAGCUUAUCUAAAAAAAAAUCAUUUUGCGCCGUAUUCAAAUUCUGCAAAUUCUUUUAACAGCCCCGGUUUAUCAUGGCUCGAAGUGAAAAAAAUUGUAACCUAGUUAUGUUAUUAGCAUACUUUAAAAUCUGGGAAAAUAAUCCCAGCUUCAUUAUAAAAACCUGAUUCUUAUUUGAGGAAGAGGGUACGAUUGUUUUUUGGCCCCAAAAAAGUGACAGGAUACCGUCAAGUAAAUUCAGCGACAACCAGUACUGCUGAGAGUCGGUACUAGAUCUAUCUCCUUUCACCUAACAAAUUUAUAGGGCUAGAAACCGUAGCGUUACAAUAUGCUUUCAAAAAAGGCGGGAAUCUCCUUUAAUUUUGUCCUCCAUGCAGAAGCCCGUCACAGUAAACAUCACAUCACAACUGGGAACCGCUUUACAGAAAAAAAACCUUCAUUUUUCUUAAAAGGGAAUAUAAACUAGUGCGCUUUCGUUUCGUGCAUUUUGUAGUAGUUUAACUUGACGCUAUCUUAAAGGUACUCUCAGAUGGUAGCCUGUUUACAGUCCCCUAUUUUUUCAUAAUAUCGUCGAGAUCGAGCGCCGCGUUUCAGUUCGAGCGGCCAUCUUGAUCUCAAAUGUGCAUCUGAGGACGCGGAGCAUCGGGUUAUAUUUCCCUUCCAUCAACUCUUUAAACCUGGCCGGACUAGAUUAUCAACUGCUAUAUGUGGGCGAGUAAUUGUUUAUUCCUAAACAAUUUUGAAGUUGGUGAUAAAGUUUGAUUCUGUAAGUGCACUUGUGUCAGCUGGAGAAAAUUACUUAUGUUAGAAAAAAAUCUUCUGGCUAAAUUCGCCAGCUGAAACUAGUGAAAAUCGUCCGGGCAUUCCACCUUAAUAUUUGCAGGAACAAUCAAUUAUUCAACGUAGAAUUAACUUUGUGUAGUUUAUGUUUGAUUGGAGUGUUGUUCCUGAUUUUCAAUAUCUAUUUCUUACAGAGUGUGCCAGCUUUAUCAUUUAUUUCGUUCGGUACAUUAGACCAUUUCUGGAUAACGUACGACUGUAUCGGUUAAGUUUAUGAUCAAAACAUGAUAUUCCUCACUUCACCUCGUUUGUUGCUGGUUCCCCUUGAACGCUACAUGCGUUUUGUUUCAGUGAAAUUUUUAAAAUGCUUUAUGUCCUCUACAAAACUGUCGGCACGUAUUUUGUGCCUGUGUGACCGACGAAUCUUAGCGGUCUUUUCGCGCUAUAAUAAGGAAAGCUCUGUUUACUUAAUUAUACUGAAGCGAAGUAGGUGGCAAAGUAUAAAGAGAACCCGAAAGAUAGAACAUUUUACAUGUAAGUGAAGUCGAGACAACGUCACUCAGUAAAUGAGCUUCUUAAAAGACUAGAGAUGUUUCUUACCGCGCGUAUGACUUGCACGCAAAGAGCGCGUGCGCACACGUGUAGCGCCUCCACGAACAGAGAUCAGCAGCCCUCAAGCAUAAACAGGGAAAUAAACAUUCCUUUAAGGAUACUUUAUAAUGAUACCUUUUUUUGGAACAAGCCUGCUCAUAGAAAUGAAAGCAACCAUUAUACUGAUAAAUUACUAUCAAUUAAGCUGCCGUCUGCCGAUGAUAAUCUACGCCCUUUUGGUGCAAAUACCACCAAAGGGAGUGAAUGGGGUUAACCGAAUAGCGACAAAGGGCGAAAAAUAUUACUGACUACCACCAAAACGGGAAAAAAUUACCGACUACCGACAGGAAAAAUAUUAAUCAACAACUGACAUGGACCGACAUUAUCUUUUUUUAGAAAGAACAACAUAUCUAACUUUCUAGGAAGUAACCAAAGAUACCACCGACUUUAUAAAUUUUUAUUGAAAAGACAAAGGUGAAAAACCGAGCAUUUCUUGUUUCAAUGGACGUCACAAAUAUUUUUACAAAUAUACAACAUAAUGAAGCAUUGAAAUAGUUUGCAGAGCGUAUGAAAAUUUAAAAAAGCAACCCACCUAUUUCUACACAUUACCUGCCAGAAAUGCUAGUUAGAUUAAUCCUCAAAGAAAAUUCUUUCCAGUCGAAUGGAACACCCUACCUACAAACUCGCGGUACUGCGAAGGGCUAAGACAGCAGUUUAAUUCCUUUGCCAACAUGUCAUAUGAUAAAAUUAGCAAAACCACCUUUAAAACAACUGUUUGGAAACGCUACAUGUAUCAGACAUUUUUUCGCUGUGGGUCAUAAGUACACCAGAACAAGUAAACUUACAUUACUCUACUGUAUAUUAAAUUCACCACCGAAAUUCACUGAGACAUUGUUUUAAGACACAGUUGUCUACAAAGGCACAAGAAUUCAACGAAAAAGCCAUCCUUGAUGUAAAGACACAAAAGGAAACCUUCCAGCACACAUGAUUUCGCCCCUUGUCACCCACUGCCGGAUUUGUCACCGAAGGAGAAGCCUUCAGUUUAACCUUAAACAACGUUUGAGGAAAGUCUUUCCAAAUUUCAAAAAAACGCCUGACGGACAGAGGCUACCAACACAAUUUGAAAGAAAAAUUGCCAUCACGAAUAAAUAAAACUCACAGAAACUGAAUGUCCGCCCUCCUGAAACAAAACGGUAAGGGAGAGAAAAAAUGUUGCCUUUCGUGUUAUAAUACUAGCCCUUAGUGUCUACUAUAAAAGAAGCUUUAAUAGAGUGGUAAAAAUUGCAAGGGGUCAGACAGGCCGCACAUCCUCACCGGCGUGAAACCUUUGAAAACCUUUUGCAUUUUGCCCCAGUCAGGAGAACUCUUUCAGGGAUUUUACACUUUGAAAUUUGAACGUUGAUAUAGCUUUUAUAUAACGGCGCGGUACAGUUUAUGUUCAGCAAGGGAAAAUUGAGUAAGUUGGGCAGAACCUUUAAAAAUGUACAACAGACAAUUUAUUCAGUUCGCGCGUAUAAUUCCUGUUGAAUUUGUAGUCUGUUUAUGAGAUAUGUCUACUCAAAAAUAUUAUAACAAUUUUCCAUAGCUGCUGUAAUCUUAUGGUAUCUGCUUCUAAUAUAUUCGUACAGUUUAGGUUUAAGCAAUCUCAGAGAGCAAGGCUGAGCUGUACACAGCACGUAUUCUUUAAAUAUAUCCUGAUCUGACACUGGUUUUGGGUAUAUUUAUCACCUCUCUAGUAGAAGCAUGAUUUAAAUACGUUAUGAUGCUGUGUCCUUUGACUGAUGUCGAUUUAAAACUCAAUCGCUUUGUAAAUGUAACUUGUAGUUUUGAUAUCAGAGGAGAGUAUUUUAAAGCUCGUUAUUUUUUUAAUCAUAAUUUUGAGCCGACAUAUCUUAUAAACGGGUCAACAAAUUCAACAGGAAUACGCUCGAACCGAAUGAUAAAUUGUCUGUUGUACAUUAAAGCAGCGGCACCCAACGUCAAUUUUUGGAAAAUGUCUGUUCGGAAGACGAUUGGAGAUCUAGACUUUUCGGAACAUUUGUUGUAAAUUUCUUGCCAGCAUACCUCUCCUAGGAUUUUCGAACAUCUAAGAAAUGGCAUAAUUGUCCAUUUGUAAUGGAUUUUUACCCUAAAAAAGUCACCUAGAAUUUUCGGGAGCCUUUUUUCUGGCUAAAAUUUUCGAUAAGGUAAGUUUUGAUCCCUAUAAUGUUUGGAUCACUAGAUUUUCAGCUAGGAAAUCCGAACAGGUGACAAAUUUUUAGGCGAUAAAAAUAUGCCUAUAUCUACCGUUUAAAUACUAAAAUACGUUCAACAUACGUUUAAGUGGUUUUGAACUAUAUUCUCGUUGGGUGCCCCUGAUUAAAGGUUCUGCUCAACUUAUACAUUUUUCCCCUGCUGAACAUAAACUCAGGGGCACCCAACGGCAAUUUUCGGGAAAAUAUCUGUUCGGAAGACGAUUUGAGAACUAGAAUUUUCGGAACAUUUGUUGUAAAAUUUCUUGCUUGCCUGCCUCUCCUAGGAUUUUCGAACAUCUACAAAAUGGUAUAAUUACCCAUUUUAAACGGAUAUUUACCCUAAAAAAGGCCACCUAGAAUUUUCGGGAGCCUUUUCCUGGCUAAAUUUUCGAAAAGGUAAGUUUUGAUCCCUAUAAUUUUCGGAUCACUAGACUUUCAGCUAGGAAAUCCGAACAGAUGAAAAGUUUUUAGGGGAUAAAAAUAUGCCCAUAUCUACCGUUUAAAUACUAAAAUACGUUCAACAAUGCUAUGUUAAGUGGUUUUGAACUAUAUCCUCGUUGGGUGCCCCUGUAAACUGUAUCGCGCCGUAUCUUGGUCCGCUACAUAGAAGCUAUAUCGUCGUUCAAAUUUUAAAGUGUAAAAUUCCUGAAAGAGUUAUCCUCUCUGGGGCAAUAUGUAAAAGGUUAUCAAAGGUUUCACGCCGGUGAGGUUGUGCGGCCUGUCACCCCUUGCUGUUUUUCCAUUAUUCACAACAGUUAAAAAAAGACACGUACAGAUUACUUCAAAGUUUCAUUUUUCAAUCGCUACAUAACAGACUGGAAUAGUAUUCCAUCGAACAUUAUUUAUGCACCUUCAUUAAGCAGUUUUAAGUCCUAUCUAUUAGAUCAUUUGCGUCAAUUUUAAAUCAAGUGUAACUCAGUGAGUGACAAGUAUGCAAUUUAAUUAGGUUAGCUUUGGGCCGUAUUUCUUUUUUCCCGAGUUACAAUCGCCUUAGCCUGCGCGCAGACGAAAUUAAACUCUGGUUAACUCCGUCUAAUCAGAGUUUAGUUAUCGUCUGCACGCAGGCCAAAACCGCCUUACCCUUUUAUUAAUUCCACUGGACAGAAAGGUAUUACUUUCAUAUUAUAUACCUCAGUUCUACUGACAUGAAAUGGUACAUCUUUUACAUACCUCCUUUAGAACUUUGCAUCCCUUUUAAGUUUAAGUUUAAGUUUAAUAAUACUUUGUCAUGCUAAUACAAGUAAAUAGAUUACAGAAAAUAGAAAAAGAGCACUUUGUUACGUUAAGUACCCCCCCGGGGGCUAUGCUAUACAUGUAGUUACCACCGCGGUCAAACGUCUAAAUCGUUAUUUUUGUUUUUUAUUGCUGGGAUUUCAUUUACCAGUUAGAGAAAAAUGGGCAAAGAUGUAUAAAUCAGUUAGUCAACAUAACUAUCUUUCCAUUUUUCUCAAAAUUUUGAGCUUUUUUCGCUGAAAACGCUUCGCGCUAAAAGAGAAUCAUGUUUGAAAAUGGCGCCCAUAAUAACGUCAGCAUCGGUUUUCAAUCACUUAGAACUUUUUUAGUAAACUUUUAAAAAGUUUAGUAAACUAACAGGAUGUUGGUAAUACCCUAAACUUUCGAUAGUGAAAGUAGCAACCUUAACUUUCAAGUAUUUCGCUUGACUUUUGCAAAUUUGACUCGUUUGACCGCUGUGAACAUGUAGUUCAAGUUAGGGAGCAAAGUCCUCUACCCGAAAGCAGGAAACAAGCGUAAGGUAUUUGACUGGCAUUGUACUUUAUUACACAUAGCACUUGAUAUGUGCUUAAAUUGGAUGUAAACAAUGUGUUGGUAAAUGAGAGUAUGAGUCAUUAGCUUUGAGGUCAAGGUGACUGGAUAUUGGCCAAGUUAUACUGUCCAUCAACCAGCAAGCAAAGCGGAACGAGGCCAGUAUCCACCCAUCUAGACUUCGAAAAAGUCCGUUGUCGAAUUUCAUAUAUGGCGCGGGACUUCGUCGCUCGCGGUCGGCCGCUUCGCGGCCUAAGAAGAGGUCGACUUAUAGCAAGUCUACCACUCAUCAUGAACGAACAAGAUUACCGGUAGCUCAUAACUGAAGAUUUGGCAAACAGUAAAAAGAAGAGUUUCUUGCGGGGACAAAGCGAGUAAUACCGAGCGUACCUGACACGGUGCGUGUCUUGCGUCGUAGCGUUGCCAGUCAUAUUUCAGCGGAUAAUGUAUUGGACCGUUUUUUUUUUUGCGUCUAAUUCAGUGGAAGGAAAUUCAGUUACAGGGUGUUGUUGUCAUUAUGCAGGGCCGGGUCACGCUUUUUAAGCCCAAAGAACGUCCGUGUGUGAGAAGCUAAUUUCCAUAGCCAUUGAUGUAUGUUGGUUUUUUUGGCAGUGUCCGGUAAACACUAGCCUGCGAAGCGCAGACGACCGGAAAUACCGUGCGUCUGGGCUUCGCAGGCUAAGUACACAUUGACAUCUGCUAGAAUUCACUGACGAAGAUUGUUUUGCGUGUGAUACAUGGAAAAUAAUCUCCGCCCUCUUUUUAAGUCACGAAUUGGGAUGUUAAAUCAACUUCUUUAUCAGGUUCUUUUAGAAUGCAAAGAACUUGUUAAAUACCUAGGUAUUCUGAUAGACAAAAACCUUAGCUGGAAACAACACAUGGAUCUUGUCGCAUUAAUUGAAAACUAGUAAAACUUUACGAAUCAUCGCUAGACUAAAGCAUUUUGUUCCUUUGCGAACUUAAUCGCAGGUGUAACAACCUUUGAUCUAUCCCUAUCAUAGUUGUGGCUUAAGCUCUUGAGGGCAAACCACAAAAAAAGUAAGUCAGAUUAACUUCAUAUUCUUCUAAUAGGGGCUCUUCGGUUAAUGCAUAGACCUUGUCACGGUUUUCGACGCCAUCUUGACGAGUAGGCAAACGCGUGAGAAAUUACAGUGUUUGUAUGAGAAUCUAAUGUCGAAUAAUUUACGUAAAACGGCUGUUCUGAAAAAAAUAUCAAUUGUAAACUAAAGCUACAAAGCAAAGGAUUAUCCUAAAAAGUUUUGCAGGCGUACCUGUGCCUAAAUGUCUCCAGAGGCUUGCAUUAGUUUACAUUAGAGUUUCCAAACGUAGCUAUACAUUUGUCUGUAAUUUUUCCGGGACUUUCUUACAGACAAAUGUAUAGAAAAUUUAAAAAAGUGGUUCUAGGUCUUCCAGUGCAUGUAACGCCCUCAAUUUUUUCUAGUAGAACCCUGAAGUGAAGCUCUAGUUUACAAAUCAUUUUUUUUUUUUUCAGAACAGCCGUUCUACGGAAAUUAUUCGACAUUUGAUUCGUUUGCCUACUCGUCAAGAUGGCGUCGAAAACCGUGACAAGGUCUAUUUUUCACCAAGUAGAAAAGAUCACGUGAUCCCUCUCUUUAUCAAAAGCAACAUCUAUAAGUUUUCUAAAUGUUGAAUCAAUCAGCAACAUGUAUAAAGUCAAGAAUAACAUAGUGCCAGUUAAUUUAAGAAACCUCUUUGAAGACUUAUCAGAUAUACACCUGUCGUAUAGCACAAAGUCAGCUGCCGCCAGUAAUUUCUACAUCAAACACUCAAGAUUAGAAAUCAUGUACAAAAGCCUUCCAUUUCAAGCUCUGGAGCCAAAGCGUGGAAUGGAAUAUCAACACAUUUAAAACAGCUUAAAUACGGAAAUUUCAAAAAACGAUUGCAUGAGAUUCUCAUGCAGAUCCUAAAGAACCAAGACGAAUAUUGGCUUGAACUGCUCACCAUUCUCCAACAACUGAAUUUCGUUUAGUAUCUAGUCUUAUUUUGCUUAGUCAAGCAUGCCUACUUAAUUUUUCCUUUUUCGUGUAAUUAAUUGUGGUCAAUUCUUUACCUAAUUAAUCUUUCUUUUCUUAUAACACUUUUUUUGUUUAUAUUCUUUUUUACCAAUCUACGUAAUCAUUUUUUACGCAAUCCGCCUCAAAUAGCCUUUGCUACUUGCGGGUUGUGCGCGGCGAGUAACUUUUUAUUUCAUUACAAGAUUUUGAAGUAAAUAAAGUUGUCGUUGUCUCAGUGUUGUUGUCAUUUAUUAACGCUGGCUGAUCUUGAUGAAGAAUUGAGGGUGUCAACAUGCUUACAUACAUUAACGAACAGAAUAGGCUACCGGGUUUGACAUGACAUUGUAAGAUCUAGUUUAAACCAUAAUAAUUAAAUCAGUAAAGUAUGGUAUAUUUUAAAAAGCUCCAGCAUUUUCUUCUGUUUCUCCUUUUUUAUGUCUUCAGCUAGUUUUGGAAUAUGGGAACCGUUUCCAAAAAACAAGAAUUGCAUAGAGUAUUCUUCAGUUGAAGUCACGUGUGUGGCAUAUGAUAGCAAUGACACAUCAGGAGUCAUACCCGAUAGAAUUGAGUUUGUUGGAUUAAAGAACGGUGAAAAAUUGACGUCGGAUGGCAAUGUUUUCUUUACCACCAAAAGAAAAGGUAGGUUAGCAAUACGAACAUUAGCUAGAUAAGCCCCAGAAUUAAAGAACAUUGCACAUUAUGGAUAUUAUGUUACGCAGGAUUAUAGUCAUAUCCUGCACAUAUAUGGCCUCAUGUAAUAGAAUCCGGAUUCUGGAAUCCUCCAAAUUUUUGCUGUAGAAUUCGGAAUCCUCGGCUUUGGAAUCGAGAAUACAGCUCAAGGAAUCUGGAAUCCCAUUAACGACUGGAGCCAGGAGCCCAUCAUUUGAUAGGCUCCUGCUGGAGCUCAGAAAAUCCAGUACAAGGCGGGGAAUUCAGAAUCCAAGACUGUUUUGGAUUCCCUUUACAAGAGGCGACAGAUAUUUUUGGUUGUUUUUGGCUGUUCACACCCACCCUAACAGGAACGUGACUUCCCAUAUCAGGAGCCCAUCAUCUGACCAUAAUCAUUAGGGUAUAAAGUUACAGUGAAACCUCUAUUAAGGGGACCCCCAAUUAAGCGGGCACCCUCUAUUAAGCGGACACUAAGCCGGGUCCCGAAACGAACAUCUGAUAUUUCCCUCUAUAACGAACCCCUAUUCAGCGGACACCUCCAAAAACCUCUAUUAAGGGGACACCGGACUGAAUUGACAAUAGUAGUAUUGGAUUACGUCCUUGGAAUACGUACUGAAGUCAGUUAGUGUUUUUGCAUUUACAAACAGAUUAAAGUUGGUAAUGAAAGGUAAUGAACUUGAACUCUCGAUAGCUUCUUUAACAACAUGCAACUUUAUCACAGCACAGAGUAACCGUUGAAUGUUGAUCGUUAACAAACAUUGCGCAAUUUUUACAACCCUUAUUAAGAGGACAUCCUCUAUUAAGCGGACACUUGGGAAGGUCCCGAAGGUGAGGUUUCACUGUAGCUCCUUAGCUCCAUCUUGUUAUACCCCUAAUAAAGUCUAUGUGAUCAGACGAAAUUGGUCAGAGAAAUAAAACACGUUAACAAGAUAUAUAUACUAGCGUUGCUUCAUUAUACUUACUGGUGUUCAUUUCAAAACUUAUGAUUUUUCUUUCGUAGGAUGUUUGUGGUACUAUAAAAUCCCGCGUGUAAGAACCUAGGGGUUUAGGAACGAGCUGGCAGAAAUUUGCCAUUUUAAUACCCAAAAAUAUAACAAUCUGUUUAGCCAAGCAAGAUCAACCAGGUUCUUACAUGUGGUAAAUUUUUAAGGGCCGAACUCAAGGUUAUUUAAUUUUUCUGGUAGUCAUAUACAACAGCUACAUCGCCUUCAUAGAACCUAAUUAAGGACUUACUUAGCCUUAAUUGUCAAUAACUGCGCUAAAGUACAAAACCUUUUUUCCAGACUUCAAAAAAUGUAGAAAUUGGAAACCAUGAUUAUUCAAAAUUUUGGAGAAACACCUUAACAAGGUGCAUUAUGGGCAAUGCAGCGAGUUCUGAGACUCAUUUCUAGAAAAUUCGACUCUUGGCCUAAUUAAUCCCAAAAUUAGAUACAAAUACGGGCUAAAAAAACCCUUGAGUUUAUAAUGAUAGUUUUUACAACUUAUGAAUCUGUUGUCUUGCUUUAGAAAUCUAAAAACGUGGGAUAAGGUUAUAUAGAUCAAGUUACCAAAACGAAGGUUGAAGGGCUUUUGAAACUUAAGUAAACAUGACGCUAAUCCAGAUCGCACAAAACCACUCUCAAAUGAUUUAUACUUUGCUCUUAUUGGCAGACAAUGGGCGAAAGCUGUUCUACACAUUACACAUUCGGAAUGUCACGAUGAAAUAUGAUAGUCAAAGUGGACCAAUAGGAUAUUACUUCUGUCAGGCCUACGCAGUUAAUAGCACAAAAUAUGAAGAGCAUGGCUUCUAUAUCAACGUUAUACAAGGUAUUAUAUGCUAUGGUCUAUAACCGACACUUCUUGGUUUGUUAAUUUUGAUGAUAAUAAUUAAUUAAGAUUACAAGAAAAAUAUAAUCAUGGUAAAUGUAUUGUGGAUCUUUUUACGUGUAAGGAAGAUGCUUCGUCACACUUUUUUGUUAAUGCAGAAACAUAAGAUAUCAGUAAGGUCUUUUAAAUAAUGACCUACAAAGAUACUUUCCAGCCCUUCAGUGAUGCCUAUAAAAAUUAGCUGCUUUUUGAUAAACAGUUCGCGAACAAGUCGAUUUAUGUGAUUACAUCACAUAUGUGAUUGCAUGGCUAAAAAAACAACAAUGAAGGCCGAGUAAAAGGCCAUCACCCGAGGCUGAUAACAUCAGGGGCACCCGGCGACGGUUUCCUCCAAAAAACGUUGAAAACACUUUUUAGGCUAUCCAAAGUACUUUUAGAUCUCCAGAAAUGCAUGAAUUAGCUGAAGGCUCUUAGCCAAUGAGAAGACAGAUAGUGAGUACAAUGUAUAAUAUUUUAUAUUUUCAGAAAGUGAUGUCCCUAAAGUUGAAACUUCCAAAGUUGAUGUCCUCGAGCAUGGUGAUAACGCAACAAUAACAUGCAAUAUGACUGACAGAGGGAAUCGUCACAAUGUACUUAAGCAGAUUGCCUGGUUUAAAAAUGGCCGCAUGCUACGAAGUGUGAAAAAUCCUAAUCCCGCAGAUCCUGAAAAGGCCCUUGGUCCGCUGGUUAUCGAGGAGGCGAUCGCCAAAGACGGCGGAAAUUACACCUGCGUGAUAAAUGUGGUGCUUCGUGCUGUGCUAGAGUACAAUGUGUCAGAUAUCACUCCCGUCUCAGGUAAGAGUUAUUGGAUGCGCCCAUGGCCAAAAACUGAGUAUAAUAUGAAGAAUCAUACAUAAUUCUGUUGAAUGGAUGAAAGCAAAAACUAUCCUUUGUACUGUGAGCAAACUGCUUUACAUGUAGAAUUUGAAGUUUUUUGGUCAGUUUCCACGUAGUGAUAUUCUGUCACGGGUGUCGUUCUUGCCAAAACGCUUUCCCUGCCUCGCCUUUCAGUCCCUACUCCGCAGUUAGACAAAGAAAACAACAAUGGAAACAACCGUUUAUUGACUCAAAAAUACAUAUAUAAAAUUUGGCAAUACGAAUGGAUAAAAAUAAACAAGAGAAAAUAUUUUACUCAACUUUAAGCGGGUUUUUUAAAAGCAUCAGCUAGUCGAGUUGCUUAUGAAAUAGGAAGUCGGAGAUACGAUCAUCACAUCAGCCCUGAAUGGCCGUAUUGGUGUGAUUAUUAAAAAAUGUUAAAACGCCUCAGUCGGAAGCAGGGUACGAGUUAAACACCAGGAGCACUUAACGACCUUUCUGCAAAGUAGUAACUGUUCGAAGGAACAAAUAUUGCCUUUAAGGAAUACAAAGACAAAAACCAUUUUCGACACCAAUGACGCAUUUGGAAACAUUCUGUAGUUGGGUGCUCCUACCACGAGUACGACAACGAGUACGAGAUUUUCUUAAUACCAAGUAGUGCUCACGCGUGAGUUAGCGUCAUUUUGGCGGGAAAACUUGGUAGCCGUCGUCAUCCUCUACUACGAGUCGGAAACAAGUUAUCAAAUCAAAUGUUAGGAGUUUUAUCAUUCUGCGAUCGGGAGAGGGCGUAACCUCCUUCACUAAAGGUAACAGUGUUAACUUUUCUAGUGAAAAAUGGUAAAAUGAAGCUUUCUGGGGAGUCCAUAUUUUGAGAAUACGCGAAAAACUUUAAGUCAAAUCUCGUACUCGUAGUCGUCCUCGAAUCUAAAGGUCUCUAAGUACUUGAAAUGACUCCAGUUAUAUCUCACGUAAGGUGCUGACGAUUUAGCGACAGUCAUGGCCGGAAACCAGAUGGAUGAUAAGAACACAACUGUCAGUCAGAUCUACCACGAUUGUGUGCUACGGGAUAAUCAGAUCACUAAAAAGUGACCGUUCAAUUUUAACUCUAAUUUUAGCUUUUAGUCGCCGGUAAUUUUAGUCAUCUCUAAGGGCAGAAAUCCCGCGAGCGUUAUUCUAAAAACGUAACAUAAUAUAUUUCCACCCCUUCACUUUCAAGCAAAGUAUUACUUUUUUAUUAACAUUAAAGUCGUUUUUCCAGUAGCAACAACGCUUGAAGACAAGGAGGCAGAAAGCAAAGCAGUGAAAACAGGAGAGGACGUGACACUGGAAUGCCGUGUGCGAGGCUUUCCUUUAAAUCUGGAGUGGAAAGUUCGCAAAAACAAGGACAAAAAGGCUAAAUGCUUUAGUAAGUUCUAUUGAAUUAACGUUUGAAUUAUUCAUUUAAUUUUUAAAGUAAAACAUCGACUCUAGGAAAGAAAAGACCAAGGUCACAGGCAGGAGCGAGUAGUUGCACUCCUCCCCUUUGAUUACUGGCCGUUUAAUAGUUUGUUUUUUUGUUUGAUUUUCGCCAUGUAACGUGAAGUCUUUAUUUAAAAGCAUAGAUUUUUUUUUUACGUUAACUAAACUUUCCUGGAGAAACCACUGCUUGCAGGGUACCUAAACUUUUCACCAACUUUGACUUGAUUUUUGGUAACAGAUACAUCAAUAGAUGGCCGAUUCAAGAUAAUGCAGGUGAAAAUGUAUGAUCCUUAUUUCUUGACAAUCACCAAUCUGAACACAAACGACACUGGUAUCUAUUACUGUUGCCUGCCAUCCAACUGCUCUGCCAAGGUCACUAUUAAAGAACACUGUCAGCAGUUUACCCUCAUUGUUACUGGUAAGUUUUUUUAAUCCCUGUUAGUGGCCAUCAUUUUGAGGUUGCUAUGGGACUGGGUUGGUGCUGGGUCAAACUUUCCUAUAGGACUGUUUUGGGGACCGCUAUCGUUUCCUUGGGGGGUACUCCUGGGUGUGCCCCCGGUUCUCCAAAUCCUGACCACAUUUCAGACCAAAAAAUGUCUUUUUCCGCUCCCGUUUUCAGACCUGGCCUCUAAAAUCCAUACCCUUUUUCAGAACUAACCUUUAAGGAUCCAAAUGGAUCCAAAUUCGUUCCCCAAAACAGUCCCACAAUGCCAUUCGACAUAUUCACUCACCCAGUCUUACUCGGAACCUGAGAACGGCAAAUACUACUCCCACUGCCGAAGUUUAGAUGGAGCGUUGCUCGACAACCCAAUAGCGUCUGCCAAGAGACCAACGCUGACCAUAAUUUUAAAGAAACAAUUGAUCUCGAGUUUGAAAACUCUCCUAACUAGACUCCUAACUAACAGUUGUGGACUUAGUGUCCUAGCCUUUGAGUGAACAUGAGGCUGAGGUUGACCUUGUUUUUUAAGCGUGACUAAGCAUGAGGCUAACAUGGCUGGAUAUUAUGGUCUUAUGGACCAAGCUGAGGUCGAAUAAAAACAGGAAAAGUGACGAAGCUAUUAUCUAGCCAUCUUGCCCGAACAAGCUUGGAUAAAAACUAUUAAUUUUGUAGCAGGAACAACGCGGACAAUUUCGAGAAGCCAACAUAAACUUAUCUUAGUCGGGUCGCCAAUCAGAACACAGCCGGGCUCUCUUCAUCUUGCCCCAUGCUCGCGGAAGCAGCCAUAUAAUAAUAUCCUGUGGGAUAUUACGUACUUGAAUGUCGAACUUUCAUCGCUUUCCCAUCGUGGCGAUGUGGUUUGCACUUGCCACAGUAAGGGAAAGUUUGGGUGAUAAAAUCAUGAUCAAUGUAAUGUCUUGAGACAUUUAUGAUGUGAUGUGCUGUCUACUAUGAGAAGACUUCUAUACGCCAUGAGCAUAUUUUCAUUUUUUGUUAUCGACAAUUUUGUUUUUGUUCUCAACAGAUCCGGCAUACAGUGGUUCCACAAUGCUAUGGACAUCUCGUGGCGUGAUUCUUGCUCUGAUGACCCUCUUGUUCAUACACCCGUAAUGCAUUCUUGAUUUGGACAAAUCGGUCGAGUCUUCAAAAGCUGGGGUCAAUUGAUAAAACUUUUACAAGUGUAACUAAAAGGUUUUUUUAAAUUGACCCCGGAUUAGUGUUUUAGUAGUGACAGCCUACAACUUCUCUGGUGUUUCACAAGACUUUGUACAUGCAUGUCCUACCAUAGAAACAGAAAAAAACUUAGUGACAUUGUAGUUUGUCUUACGGACUGUGGCUACACCUGCUCCGUGCGGUUUUAAUUACACUGUAUAUAAUGAGUGAUUUAAUUGCUUUAUUUAUAAGUUAAAUUUUAUUCGUAAAUCUGUGCAACAAAACUUGUGCAAAACUGAAGUAAAAUAAACAACAUCAAGAAAAUCAAGAAAACCCUUAAAAACUUUAAUUUCAACAGGAUACCAAGAAAGAGACAGCAACACAGGAAUUGACUUCUUAGGAUUUCAUUCAGACUAAAAAGUGGAACUGCCCUUACAGGCAACUUUGGCUCUUGUGCAUCGUCAGUGCAUGUAACUUUCCUAUGAAAUGUACCACUUCAUUAAGGAGUGUAUCCACAGAAUUAAUAUAGUCCAGCUUUAAUAAACCACCUUGUAUAUCUCUCCUGCACGGAGGCUCACACAAAGGGGAUUGACGAGAGUAAGUGCAGGUGCAAACUUUGCACUCGCUUAGCUGAAAUUCAAUAACACUUUAUCGAACUUCUGCGGAGCAGAGAGACCAUGUACAGCUGCUCAGGUUAGCGAGAGAAGAGCACUCAAGGGGAGCGCGAGGGGUGAUGGGAAAGAGGACAGACUCUCUGCCUAUCGUUCUCCUCCUUCACAUCACCCAUCGCGCUCCCUUCGGUCACGCUUCUCACGUUCCGUUCCCCACGUUCAAUUCCCGCAUCUAUGUACAACGUAGGUAAACAGCAGGAAAGCCUGCUUAGCAGUCAUUUUCGUUUCCUUUUAGUCAACGGAAACGACGUCACAAACAACACCACUUGGGAAAGUACUUCUCAGUGCUUUUACCUCGUUAAAAGUUAUCCGGCCAUUUCAUCCACAGACUCAAAGGUAGGACUACCUUGUGAGGCGUACCAGAACGUUCAACAUGCAUCACUGAACUCUCAGUGAUAUCACGCUUUUCUUAACAACGAUUUGGAUGGGCAGUGGUUAUAAGGGACUCAAAGAUCGGUUGUGUAAAGGAAGGGUUAUUCUUUCUCGGUUCAUUAAAAUGUGAAGGCAAAACCGAAAACACGUCAUUUGAUUACUAUACUUCUUCGUUUAACGCUGUAUCCGGCUGAAAGUAGAGGCAUAAAAAUAAUGCCUAAAAAAUACAUUUCUGGCAUUAUAAUCUUUUACCAUAAAGGCAAGAAACAUGCCGAAAAAAUGAAACCAUUUUUAACCCUUUCCUAUAUAUAAAACACACAGCCCCCUUAUAACAAUUAUUAACUGCAGAUUCAAACCGAAACGUGGGGUCCACCAACGGUCAAGUAAGAAAUCAACGCUGGCAAUGGUAGACUAUACUGUGGGGGUUUAAGCAAAAUUACGGAGAAUAUCGUUAAAGGAACAACUCAUUUCCAUUCGAAAAUGUACGAAAUAGCUUUUCAGUGUGUAUAUAAUAAAAAGGACCCUGUCGAAUUGAAUUUAUUAGCCGACUAAAACAUCUUAAUGUACUGCGCGGCAAGUAAAAGAAAAUAACAGACUUCUUGAAAGCAUGUAGAAUAAAAGUAUGAUUUGUAAAGCUCAAGAAAAAAGAAGAGAAAGUUGUCCCGCCUACGACUCUUUAUUUUCCCAGCAUGCGUUGAGAAGUCUUCCCUCUCAAGAAUCCAUGUGUGUAGAAAAGUGAUCCAAAAAGUGAGUAACGACCUGGGACACGCUUCUCGAAGGAGUGCGGACAACAAGAGAGUUUAUUCUCUCUUGCCGAUACCGAAAACAUGUUGUCUAUAUUUAAGAUAGAAGUUUCAAUAGUUUUGCGGGUAACAUGAACAAAUUAUCAGUGAACCAAACAAGAUCAGACUGGUUUGUUGGCUAGGAACCGUGUUCUUCUUAUUUGGAUUUUGAUUGGAAUAUUUGAUUUCGAUCCCGAAAUGGUACUGGGACUUUUGGGAAACUAUGGCCCGUUUCUCGAAAGUCCCGAUUUUUAACGGGCCCGGUAAGCUGUCUCCCUUUACAUUAAAGAUCGAGGUUUCAAUAGUUUUGCAUGUAACGUGAUAAAACUAUCAGUUAAUGAAACAAAAUAGAGUAGUUUGCUAGCCAGGACCCGCGCUCUUAUUCUUUAUAUUUCGAUUUGAAUAUUUGAUUUUGGGCCCAAAAAGUUACUGGGACUUUCGAGAAACGGGUCCCCGACCCCUUGGAACAAAUAAUGAGUCGUGUUUUGGUGCGGAGGCCGUGGCCAGGGGACUGUGGCCUCAAAUAAAUCAGCCACCUUGCCCUGAUUGUCAACCUUGCAUUCAGUUUUGUUUUUAUAAUUCUCAUUUCAAGGGACGUCUGGCUCUAGAAUCUCUAUAUCUAGAGAUCCCAACACUAGGAAGGAACCCAGUAUUAUUUAUGCGUUGAGUGGCAUGGACCUCUGCAUUCAAGGGUUUUUACUAUAAGCUGCUCCUAUAGCUUCGUUAGGCUUCCUUAUUAUCUCAUAAAUGUACAAUUUAAGUAACAACUUUUGCUAAUUAAAUUGUUUGAUUAAAUUUUUUGUUGUGAAAUGAAUAAAUAUAAUCAAUGCAAAACGCGCGAAUAUUGUCAUCAACGGAUUUGGUUAAUACUUUAAUAGAGAAGAUAUCCCGUCUUGUCUCGUGUAGCAUAGCUAAUGUGGCUAGGUAACAAUUGACCUUGCCACUGUUUCCGACGCCAUCUUGACGAGUAGGCAAACGCCUGAGAAAUUACAGUGUUUGUAUGAAAAUCUAAUGUCCAAUAAUUUCCGUAGAACGGCUUUUCUGAGAAAAAUAUGAAUUGUAAACUAACGCUUCACUCUUAAGGAUUCUACUGAAAAAAAUGAGGGCGUUACAUGCGCUAGAACACCUAGAACCACUUUUUUAAAUUUUCUUUACAUGUGUCUGUAAGAAAUUCCCGGGAAAAAUUACAGACAAAUAUAUCGAAAAUCCAAAGCAAGCCUCUGGAGAAAUUUAAGCACAGGUACGUCCCCAAAAUGUUUAAGUGCAAUCCUUCGCUUUGUAGCUUUAGUUUACAAUUGAUAUUUUUUUCAGAAAAGCCGUUUUACGGAAAUUAUUGGGCAUUAGAUUCUCAUAUAAUUAUAUAAACACUGUAAUUUCUCACAUGUUUGCCUACUUUAGGUCAAGAUGGCGUCGAAAACCGUGACAAAGUCUAUUGUUUACAGCGUCCGUUGUCUUGGUUCAGGGCCAUGACUUAGGGGCCGACCAUUUAACUCUUGAGGGGAGGGGGGGGGGGGUGAUUUUGAAAAAAAAUUUCCUGCAAGCGCUUGUCGGAAGAAAAAAAUUGCAUGCAGCACAAAUGUAAUAAAGAGCUUAAGGGAAAAAAAGGGAAAAAAUAUCCUGCCCACCAUAUUGCUAGAAAAAAAAUUCUUGAUGACCAGAAAUCACCCACCCCCACCCUCAAGAGUUAAAUGGUCGGCCCCUUAGGAUUAGACACCUCUGCUUUAUCAAAAUCAAGUGGCACUAUAUCAUGAGUGCCGAUUGUUCGAUCAGGGGCACCCCACGGCAAUUUUCGGAAAAAUAUCUGUUCGGAAGACGAUUUGAGAUCUAGAAUUUUCGGAACAUUUGUUGUACAAUUUUUUGCUUGCCUGCCUCUCCGUAGGAUUUUCGAACUUCUAAAAACUACUAUAGUUGCCCAUUUUAAACGGAUUUUUACCCUUAAAACCUCUUAAAAGGUCACCUAGAAUUUUCGGGAGCCUUUUUUCUGGCUGAAAUUUUCGAAAAGGUAAGUUUUGAUCCCUAUAAUUUUCGGAUCACUAGACUUUCAGCUAGGAAAUCCGAACAGAUGAAAAAAUUUUAGGGGAUAAAAAUAUGCCUAUAUCUACCGUUUAAAUACUAAAAUACGUUUAACAAUGCUAUGUUUAAGUGGUCUUGAACUGUAUUCUCGUUGGGUGUCCCUGUUCGAUCAAGCAUAUUUGUGAUCUUGGAUUUCUCAGACUCUUCUCAGACCCGAGUCAGACCGACUUCAGAACGGUUCUGGGAAUUUCUGUUGUGUUCUAUUUUCCAAGUUAGAAAAAGUUGUUAACCACUAGAGAACGUUUUCUGAGAUUGUAGGAUUAUUGACAUUAAUAAACUUUGCAACAUCGAUUCUUAGCACGUACAGUUAAAGUUUUUUUGUGUUCGUGACUAGUACAGUUGAUGUCGUGAUCAAUGAUGACAAGCAAAUUGAAAAUAGAUAUUACGACUAUAAGGGAUUUUACAGCUGUUAAUGAUAUUUAUAGAAGCCUUUAUCGCAAAAAUUAGCGCCUCUUUUUGAAAUAAGAACUGAUGCAUGCUGAAGGUUCUGGAGAACACUUGUUGACAGCAAGCACUAUCUUGUCACAGACGAAAAAAGUACAGAAUAAUACAAAUAAUUAAUAAAGCAUGAGAUUACACUAUAUUUUUAUGGAAAAUCAAGUAAUGAAUACGAACUAUUUAUACUUACACCCGGGUCUGUUUUUAAUGCAAGGAAAGCCAGUCGGUGAGAGCAGUCGAGACUGCAACAGCAGGAGUCAAUUUAUUUUUCGGUGUCAAACUAUAUCGACCGAAUUAUCAAUUUGGUUAGGUUUCACCUUGCCUGUGCUUGUAUCGAUAAUUAGAAAGGGUAUUUUCGGUAUUUCACCAUGUUUACCUUUUUCUUGGCCAGCGAAAAGAUGAAGAUUUUCACAAUUCAACCAAUCACUGGUGCGUUCUUCAAUAACGUCAUAUGAUUGACAGGUGUCCUCCUAUAAUAGCUUUGUGAAAAACAAUUGCUUGUGACUGUCUUGCUUCUGCAUCACUGAGAGAGCAUCAUUGCAGUGCAAAUCACCUGCUUAAUCCCAGCAUCGGAUCGCCUCCUAUUCAACAGCAAAAUGUUUUGGUUAUUAGUGGUUUGUGCCGUAAGCUUUGUAAAAGGUGAGUAGACCCAUGUCUCCUUAACAAAGUCCUGAAUCGUUUAUCUUUUAUUCGAUUUUUGUUGUGGCAAAAAACAAAGAAAUACUACGGUCAGCAAACACCAAAGUAGAAAAUUUAACGCACUAAUGUAUUUAUAAAAAAAAAUGAACUUUAAAACGAAUUUUUUGCACGUGUUAUCCUACGCGAACUAGGCCUUUAUUCCUUAAUAGAAUUUCUUCGUUUGCACAACAGGCUUCUUAUUUUGCGUUAACAGCAACAAAACUAGUAAAAUACAAUUAUGCUGAAUGCAAAACUUUUUAUCUGAAAAUACUGUCACCGGGAUCCAAAAGAUUUCUCAUUUUCCCUUUGGCUUUCCUUUUUUUCGACAAAAAUUUUUCUCUGUGUCAGCUUGCUAAGGCAAGAUGUGUGCGGAGGGCCAUUAUCAAAUGCUUUUUAUCCCCUUUUAAUGUAUUUAAGCUCAGUGAACUGUCAACCCGAUUUGGCACAGAUCGCGUGAUGUCUUUAUUUGCGUGAGCAUUUUUGUCAUAGUCAAUUAUGUUCUCCUGUCCUUUUCUGUGUUUUUUUCCUCCACAAACAAAUAAACUACGGUUAAAAAAUAUGGUUACCUGACUUUCAUAAAUUAUUAUUCAUCAUUUUAUAAAAAGUUCUUUUUAAUUGCUUUAAUAGUUGCUCAAAGCUUUCCCUGGCGUUUUAUAUGAUAUUGUUUAUUUAGCUGCAAACUUGCUCUAUGUAUAGGCUUCUUCAAGAAAAUGCUGUUUCAAAGUAGAAGGAAAGAACGAUAUCUUCGUGACAUAUUUGAACUUUUGUCGCUGAUGAACUAGCAUGUUAAAAACAAAAUACCCCGCAGUGUGCUUGUUCUUGCGUGCUUCCAAGACUCUUUUAGCUUUGGACAUUGAUCGUUCGUCAUUGAAACACUUCAAUUUCUGACGAAAUGACCUUUUUGUAGCAAGGGUGUGUUCCUUAUUUGUUUUUCGUACAUAACAUGUUGUAGUCACGCGAAAUAGAAAUUAGGUUUGUAGUAGUCAAUGAAAAGUUAUUGGUAAAUUUUCUGAAUAAUAAUAAUAAUAAUAACAAUAACAAUAAUAAUAAUAAAAGAAAAUAUAGCGAGGUACAAAAAACAAUAGAGUGACAUUCCAUAGUGGCCACCAUGCAUGAUUAGAGCGUGACAUAAAUGCAAAGAGAACCUAUUUGUUAACAAAUUUUUUUCUUUGCCUCUAUGUCUUCUUUACCCCUGAGUAGUAUCAAAUCUGACUUAAAGUGAAGGCAGUUUCCGUUGAUUUUUGUCUUUCUUGACUAAAAUGCUUGAAAGGUUUUCUCAGCAAGAAAUCUUUCCAUUCUUUCUUUUGCCAACGGAAAUCGAGUAACGAGAGCUAUAGACGGAACAGGACCCUACAUGUCCCGUGAAGAAUGAAGAUUGUUCUAGGUUCCAUGCCAAUAUUUUACCAAAAACAGAAAGGUCAAAACGAAAAGAAUACGUUUCAGCUAACUGGAUUAUUUGAAAAGGUUUGUUAGAAUAUCGAGUUUACAUGGCGGUAUUCGAGUCUCUUUUAGACUGAGACCAGACUGAAUGUUGCGUUUAUGGUGCUUAUGGAAGAAAAUGUAUAAAAGCUCCAUAGCCGGAUUCAUACAGUCUCUUAGAGUCCAUAAGAUCAGAUUGGCCAGCAUUGUUGUCAAACAAUAUCAUAAGGGAUAUCCUCUCUUGAAGAUAUGCAUCUUAACUUAGCUUGGGAAACGUCUUCUGCACAUAUCCGAUGUCGUAGAUUUUUCAAACGCUUUUAACUUGUCGGGGAGAAAAAACAAUUCAACAAUUCACUAUACGUAAAUAAGCACAUGCUGUAGAAAUUGAUUGCCUCAGUUUUUAAGGUAAAAACAUAAGCUAUAACGUAACGUAACUGAACCAUCAAAAGUCCGAAUCCGGUUAACCUCCGGGGGGGGGGGUACUUCCUUAUAUAAGCUAUAUAGGUAUGUGCCGCCCCAUCGGGUAGGGUUUUUCGGCCGUUUUGGUCUGAAAACGGGUAUACGCUUUGCCCAUUUUGGUCUGGAAUCGGGUAUAGUUUUCGAGGGAACUGCAGGGGAUGAACGUACAUCGUUUCAAUUCCAAAUGAGUAAGAAAGAAAGAGAAAUAUGCGCAUUCGAAACGAAUUUGAGGAAUUUUUUUUGUUUGCACUCUAAUCUAAGUAAUACUAACAUAAUUUCUGCCUAAAGGUCAGGUCUGAAAACGAGCAUGGAUUUUAGAGGUCUGGUCGGAAAACGGGUCUGGAAAAUGACAUUAUUUGGUCUGAAAUAGGGUCAGGAUUUUGAGAACUGGGCGGCACACCCCCCACCAAGAAUUCCCAGGAGUACCCCCCCACCCCCGGUUAAGCUCGUACCAAAACUGCACGCUAUCAAGGUUAAAAGUGACGAUUUACACUUGGUUUUAAUUAAAAACUCUCAACGUAACUGCUUUGUCUGAUUUGUCUGGACGUGAGGAAAUUUUUCAGUGACGUGUUGACGGUUUGAAGUGAGUACUAAACAAUCUAUUAUGUCACUUGUUCAGAACACUUUUAAAUAAGAUAUUCCCCACGUACAUGACAUGAUAGUUUGCUUUUGUGUUGUUUUGAUCGGCAAAAAUCGUGAUCCAUGACAGAAAAAAAAAAUCAGAAAAGUGUAAAGCCCACCUGCUCCUCAGGCGAUUAUUUCGCACUUUGGUCGCGAUCUCCGCUCAUCCCAACCUCGUCCCCUGGGCUUUUCCCUCAAAAAAAAAUAUUUUCAAAAAUUCAAGCGAAUGCUGGCUCGUGAUUGGGCACAAAAAAUGCUUUGUAUUAUUGUGCCCAACAGUUUCUCCUGAGUUCUUUUCGGGAGUUCGUACACGACCACUAUUGUCUCGAUCACGGCUUGUCUGGAUCAUGCACCAAAGAAAUGCACGUAGUCAGGAAACUUUCAGUUUGAUAUAAAAUCCCCAUUUGAUUUCAAAAUACUGUCUGCCCGCCGGCCCGAAAGCUAAAGACGCUUUUCCAGAAAUACAAGCUGGAGCUUACAACAGGUACGCAAGACGUGACCGAUGCAUCGAGAUGCAAGCGUGAAUAACUAUUAGGGAGUUUUUAAAAGAUACCACGACGGCUGACAGCCACGAAAACGUCGCGUGGAAAAGUGAAUUCACAAUUUGUCAGUCUCUGUCGUGAUUAUUCCAACUCGCUUACUUUGUCAAAUGCAAGCGAACUCUUCUGGAGCUGAAUUUCUAUCAACCAUAUCCAAGUUCAUGAAGAGAAUGAAUUUUGUCACUGCUUGUUUACGUCCUUCACAAAACGUGAAAUUAGGCAUUUUCAAGGGUAGUCGUGCAGUUGACAGCAAAGAAAUGUAUAAAAAAGCAUGAUGCACGGGCAAAGUUGUUGUUUCGCUUUGUCAAGCUAUUGCUUAUUUGACUUUCUCGUCGCCGCCACAUCUCAAACUUCCUAAUAUUUACGAUACAUUGUGAUCCGUCAAAAACAGAAUAUUCUUGGGGCAAAUUGGAUUGCUCCUACUUAUAGCACCCUAAACGUUUUUUCAACUCAUCGGUAGUUCCUUUGUUUCUGGUUAGAAAAGUAGAAAGUAAAAGUUUCCCUUUCACGCAGAAGCUUGGUGAACGAACCGGGCAAGUGGGGCGAGAAAAUAGCCGUGGUGUACGAACUCACGAAAAGAGAGACUCUUCGCCGAUUGGGCACAAUAAUACAAAGCAUUUUUUGUGCCCAAUCAGGAGCCAGCAUUCGCUUGAAGUUUUGGAAAUAGUUUGGUGAGAGUCGGUACCCAGGGGCUCUUUCGCCCGUACUUGAAAACUUUCAUCCCACCUUUUCUUCCGACCAGACUAACUACCCCUGGGUAUCCGAGGAUGGAACUCCGCUAGGUGACUUCAGUCCUUUACCACAUCUCAGCCGGAAUCAAAAAAGGAGGCUUUUGAGAAGAGUUUCUUAUCAUUACUCACAAUAUAUGUUAAAGUUUAGCACAUCUGAAAAAGAUCUGCUUAUAAAAUGAUUAAAAUUAUUAAGCAGAAAGAUAUGUCUGACAUCAAUAUGUAAAGCGAAAACUCAGAUUCCUUGAUCAACUUUUUAUGUUCCUUUUUUGCCGUUUUCGUCCUUUCAGCUGAAUUCGGUAUAAAGGAGCCCUUUCCACAAAAUGUUCCCGUACUCAAACACAUGUCAACUCAAAUCAGCUGUGUAGCGUUUGAUGAUAAUGAUACAGCUCCAGUCAUGCCCGAGAAAAUCCUGUUCAUUAGGAAAACAAAGUUCAAUGCGUAUACAACCCUGACGCCUAAUGAGAACAUUUACUUCACCAACAGGACAGAAGGUAAGUCAAGAUGUGUUUAAUUUAUUUUUUCUAUCUUCAUCGUAAUGGAGAACUUUAGAUUCGAGGAACUGAGGACGACUACGAGAACGAGAUAUAAUGUCAAGUUUUUUCGCGUAGUUCUCGAAAAAAAAUGACGCCCCGGAAAUCUUCAUUUUCCUUUUUUCUUUUGCUAGAAGAGUUAACAUUGUUAUUUUUAUAUAUCGAAGGAGGUUAAGCCCUCUUCCGAUCGCAAAAUGACAAAACUUCUAACAAAUAUAAAUGAUAAAUUGUUUCCGACAUUUUCGCUGAAGCCCGUAGUAGAACUAACCAACGACUAUCUCGUUUUCCCGCCAAAAUGAUGGGUUCACGCCGUGGUAGUCGUCCUUCUCUUAAGAGUCCUAAGAAUCUUAAGGUCUCUAAUGUCUCUAAUAUGAUGGCUUUGUUUUUGUUGAACGGCGGUCUGAUUCUCCAACGUCCUUGCUCCCGGUUAAAGGUCAAGACACCAAAACUCCAUCUUUGUCCUCAUGGAAAGAAAGCCUUGCUUUAUGUUGAGCCUUUCGAGGCAAUUUUUAACAGUGAUCUGGAAUGGUUAAUUGUUAAGGAGUUGUAGAAUUUUCUAAAUGUUGCAGGCGCUAAACUUUAAGUUAUCUACUAUUUUUUUGCUUUUGUCACGUUUCAGCUACGACGCUUUUUAAGCUUCAAAACGUCGUAAAAAGUCGAAUUCUUUUCAAUACAAGCCAGAGAGGGGCUUAUAUUGGGGGGGGGGCUGUAACCUGUUUUUUUUUGUUUGUCGUUGUGGUUGUUUACUGGUGUAUAGGCCUAUAAAUGGGAGGGACGUUACGGUAUGCUGGAUUAAAUUCAUUUUCCAUGCCUGAAAAACACGAAAAAAUAACCCCUGUUUUGCAGGCUAUAACUGAAACAUCUAUAACAGGCCUGGGUGACCCUUUACCUGACUUACGUAAAUUCAACUUGGGCCGUUCUAUCUAGAUUAAAAAUGCCCUCAUCAACUAAAUUUCUAACAGACAGCUCUUUGAAAUAAUAACAAAGACGUGGAGCGACACUCGGUUUUUAAAUUUAAUUUGGGUGGAUGCAUGGGAGUGUGUAAAUCAAAGAAAACAGCAGAGGUGAAAGAUAAAGGUCAAAGUGAAAGCAAUAAGAUUAAUUUCUGAUCAUUAUCACUACACCAUUAUCAUUAUUAUCAUGGGGUUUAUUUGUAGAAAAUGGACGCAAGUUAUUCGUGACGCUUCACAUUCGGAAUGCAACAACGGCAGACGAUAGCGUUGGUCCUUUGGGGAGGUAUGAGUGCCUGGCCUUUGCAGUCGGCCGCAACGAUUCUAAAAAUUACGGAUUUGGUAUCACUGUCUUAGAAAGUAAGUAUUGAACGGAGUAAAGAGUGGGGGAACUUUAUUGUAGAGUCCAACUGAACCCCGUUAAUACGGACACUGACCGGGCGCCAUAGAAAGUGUCCGUAUUAAGCGGGAUGAAUUUAGACAAAAUGUAAGGGCCUUUCUUCUAGGCUCGAUUACCAACCGCUGUGGAAAAUGAGCCUGCACUCAUCGACCGGACUCGGGAGACGGCGGAAAUCGAGACUACCUUUCUCCAGGGACAAAGAAAACUGUCCGUAAUAAUGAAUAAAGCGGUGUUUGACUGUAAUUCCUAUGUAAAACAUUUACAUUUUCUUGACUUAGUUCAUGCUGCGCAGGCUUUGCUGAUUGCAGGCGCACAAACAACGAACGAUAAUACAGGACUUUGACACGGUUGUUUAGUUCAUUUUGUUAAUAAUGCACGCCAAUUGCACGUCCUUAUUUGCUAUGAUUCUCGAAAAAAUUACUUGUAAAUGGCAAAAUCACAACUUCGUGUAAAACAAAUGUUUCCCAGUAUCACAAGUUACAAACACCAAAAUGAACUUGAAAAACUGGUUUUGGUUAACAGACCGAGUUUUCAAAAUAACAAUUUCAAUCAGUUUCAAUCUUUUCAAGUUUGUCCUUCCUUUUCUCCUUUUGUAUUUGCCAUGAUUUUGCUGCGUUAUGACACUACACACUUCUCUUCUUUUCAUGUUUUGAGUAGUUAUUUGCACUCCACACAUGUCCAAUAUACACAAACGGAUACGAUUCGUCAAACCCAUUGUCCAUUGGUACCAAUGGUACGAUUGGUACCAAUAGAAAAUGAUGUCAUUCCAAUGGUUCUGUUGGUGAAUAUGCAUCUCAUUAAGGGGACUUAGAUUAUUUUCUCAUGAACCCUCCACACAUGUCUAAUAUACACAAGCGGAUACGUGAGUAUUGGACAACCCUCCUUAUUUGAUAACCAGGAGCCUAGUGUAAUUACACAGCGCCUUCAUAUGGGUGCCUUUGGUAGCCUAUCUAUAUCGGGGAUCUAUCGAGCUAGAAUUUAUCGUUUGGGGGAGAAGUGUUGAGUGGCCGAGGGCGACGAGCUUCCUAGCGGGGUCCGGGGGCAUGCCCCCCGGAAACGUUUUGAAAUGAAUAUGCUCUGACAUGCAAUCUGGUGCAUUUUGAGUCACAAUUUUGAGAAAUGUCGAGUGUGCACUGACCUGGUCGCGUCAGGGUGAUUUUUCUGAUAUAGUUACUUAUACACUCUAAUGAUAACAAUAUAUUUUUUUGUGGGGGAGCUUCUACCCUCAAAUACCCUAGAUAGAACCCUGCAAAUAACAGAUAAGGUAUUGAUCAAGUGUAUCAAUUAUUGAAAUGCCAAAAGAUACUAACUGUCACCGGCUGAAAACUGGACAGUUCACGAGCACGAUACACUUGCAUCAGCCUCACUUCCACACAGGGCGAUGUUCUUAAGGCUUCGUCAAGCUGUACCCGUUGUUAAUCAGUAACAGUAGAGACCGUCAGAUUCUAAGACGAGGACGACUACGAAUACUAGAUUUUCUCAAUAUCAAGUAGUGCACGCUCGUGAGCCAGCGUCACUUUUUGGCGGGAAAAUUAAAUGUGAUAGCCGUUGUCAUUCUACUACGACAUUUAGCGAGCAUUUCGUUUAAUAUUUAGAGUUUUACCAUUUUGCGAAGGGGAGAGGGCUUUACCUUCCUCAAUAAAGAUAACAGUUCUCACUUGUCUAAUGAAAAACAAACUACAAUAAAGCAUUCCGGGUAACUAUUUUUUGAAAACACGCAAAAGAACUUGAAAUCAAAUCUGGUCCUCGUAGUCGUUCUGUUCCUCGAAUCUCUAGGUCUCUAUUAUAAAGACUGGUGGGUCACGACAUUGACACUGUUUUCAUGUUAUCAGGGAAUGAAGUCCCUCAAGUGGAAACAACCAAAGUGAAUGUUCUGCAGCAUGGUGAUACCGUUACUAUAAAAUGCAUUGUGAAGGACACCGGAAGCAGGGCUACUAAGGUGAAGAGGAUUGCUUGGUUUAAAGAUGGCGAGAUGAGGAAGGAAAAUCCAGAAGCGCCUAGACACACCAUCGAUCCGAUGGCUAUCAAAAGUGCACGAGCUGAGCAUGGAGGAAAUUACACUUGUCGCUUGGAAGUUACGGUGCGAGGAACUAUAGACCUGAACAUAUCUGACACCACUCAAGUCCAAAGUAAGUAAGCCUACUAAAGGAACUUCAAGUGAAGUGUAUAGUUUAAAGUCAUCCGCCCUAAUAAUCGCUGCCAAACAUGGGAAAACAUGCAACUAGUACCACUGCGCUUAAAAUAAAAAUUGUAAAAAUCCACAUUCCUAGAAGCGGGAAAAUGUUACAGCUGAGCGCAGGAAAAUAUACGAUUAAGUAUGGCUAGACUCUGGCUAGUGUGUAUCAAUCAUUCGUGUGUAUUCCAGGCUUUGCAAUUAUACAAUUUUGCAGGGCGAGAUAAAAACAAUACACUCGGCCGUUGUUGAAAACGAGCGUUCAGAUUAUCAUUGACAAAGUGGGAAGAUCCAUGCCACUGCUGACUGACUCCACAGCUGAUAAGUCAGCUGAUGAAGUUUAAGGCUGAUUGUUCGUCGUUGGGAGAUACAUUAGCUCCCAACUGUAUGGAAGCUCUGUGUAUUAUUGGAUGAGGUUUUUGUGAUAUCCGAAUUAAUCAACAUCGAGGUAAGUGUUAUCAGCCGAACCGAAGGCCGAGCUUGAUAACAGUUACCGAGACCUUGAUCAUUUAGGCUGUCACAAAAACCGAAUCUACCAAUUGUUUUUGAAGAAAAUAACGACAAACACACCUUCGCAAGGAACCUGAAUUGCUAUUGUUAUUCGAAACCACGCACUGCGCGCACAACCUACAGAUUAGUCAGUUAUCUGCUAGCAGAUAAUUAACUAAUCUGUAGGUUGCGCUGAUUUCCAAAACUAGCUGUGGUCUCUUGGCCAAUGAGAAGGCAGAUAGUGAGUACAAUGUAUUGCCACCAGCGAGGAACGUAGCAUACAAUCCGGGAUACCAUCUAGCGUACAGGAAAAUGUACACAUCCUAACAGUUUUGUUCGGCUUUUAUUACUCCCGAUUUAAGCUUAUAGCUUUAAUGAUCAAUUCAUCAAUUCUACUUUAAUGGAGUGGCAAAAAAACUAGAGCUAAAUUUUAAAAAAAAUGAAACGAAAGAUAAAAUUAUUCCAUUCAAACUGAAAGGAAAAAUUUGAGUUCUGCGUUUUUUGUCUUAAACAAACUAUAAAUCCUGACGUAAUAUACAGUUGAAACAGUCUAGCGGUAGCAGUCAUUUAACGGUAGAUUAUUACAAGACUGAAAUCAGUAAAGAUGGUAUGAUUAUUGCAGUUGUCGUUAGCACUGCAGUGGUCUACCAACUGAGCUAUGAACACCCAUAGAUUGGGAGCAGGCCAAUUUGUUGAGUUCAUCUUUAUCCAUGAAUGGAAUGAAAUAUGGAAUGAUGGUGAUGACAUGAUCAGCCGAAACACAAAUUUACAUGAAAAUAUGAUCGAUAUGCUCGUCGCAGUCGUAAGAAAAAGCAAAGAAAAACCAGUAAAUUGACUGAUUUGUUGCAUCCUUAUUUUUCAGUUGCACCAUGGUUUGAAAAGAAAGAAGGAGAAUCCCUUACCAAGGAAAAAGGGGAUAAUGUGACAAUGAAGUGCAGUGCCCAAGGCUUUCCAUUGAUGGUGGAGUGGAAAGCUAUGUUUAGCAACAACGAAACUGUUCUACCUUGUAUUGGUAAGGUCGAUAUGACUUCGUCACAUCCGAUCAGAUAAAAUGUUAUCAUUUUUAGUUUGAAAAGUUAAGUGAUUGUUUUCGUGGUCGCAAUCUUCCAAUAAAGAAGCUGAAGUAUAACGAUUUAAGCACGUUAGUAACCCAUGAUUCCCAAAUUUGAUCCGCGGUUUGGUACUGUUCACAAUGAUGAGAUUUUAUUAUAUGGCCACAAAAGUACGCGCGCUGUGAUUGGCUGUUUUCCUGAAAUGACCAGGAAUUAUUUUCUUGUAAUGGCUGGGCAUUACUAGCUAGGUGUCCAAGGCAUAUAAAAUCUGUGUUUAACUUGACAUUUGACAUCCUUAUGGACAUCCAUGUUAUGAUCAAUUGACAGCUGUCAAAAAGGGUGUCCGCUGACCGGUUUAACCUGACUGUAUCGCUGACUCAGGUGUUUAACGCAUGAGUUGACGUGCUUUUUAAAGUUAUCCGCUGACCAGUUGUUGGUUUUUAUUGAUCGUAGCCUCAGGUCUAUAAUGAAAGGCCAUAUAAUAAAUAACUUAUUAACCUCGUCCGUUCGGUUCAGUACAUGGAAAUCUCAGACCUCGGCCUUGCACCAAGGCCUCAGUCAGAGAUUUCCCUAUAAUGACCUCGCUCUUAAUAAGUAGUAUACAAUAGGACAACUGCACGAUGACGUCAUUUUGCUACAACUGCCAGAAUCCUUGAGUUUGUUGUUUUCUUGUGCAAAUUAAGGCUAUUGUUCUUUAAUCCUCAGCGGGAUUGAGAAAUUUAAAUAACAAAGCAAAACCGAAAUGAAUUAAAACAUAAACAUAACAUAAUUUAUAUAGCGCUAACUCCACUACUUGACCAAAGUGCUUUACAAUUCAUAAUAUUAAAAUAAUUAAAAAGAUCCCACUGGUAAUAACAUAUGAAUAAAUUAAAAACCUAUUAGCAGUCUUAUUUAUAAAAAUAUCACAAUAAAUCCAAUUCUAAAUUAUCAAAAAGUCAAACAUUAUAUGCUUUUUUAAAAAGAUCGGUCUUUAAGUGUUUCUUGAAUAAAUUAAUUGUAACUAAACUUAUAAGAACUAAUGGCAGCUCAUUCCAGAGUUUAGGUGCAGCAACGGAAAAGGCCCUGUCUCCGUAUAUUUUAAGUCUUGACUUCGGAACUGCCAGAAGUUUUUGAUCAGUAUAGCGUAGCGUACGUGAACAUGUACGAUAACUAAUUCUGGUAGUUGUAGUCAAAUAUCGUCAUCGUGCAAUUGUCCUAUUGUCAGUGCUGUCGAUAUUACAAAUCGAAUGGUUCAAUAAGCUACAUACCCAAAGUUAAAAGUUUUUACCGUAUAAAGCAGUGUAAUUUUUUCUUGCUUGUUCGUUUGUUUGUUUUUACAGAUUCAUCAAAAGAUGAACGCUACAAGGUUGCAAGGAGGGGAGUUUACAGUCCUUACGUUUUGACCAUCACUAACGUUAGCCGCGAAGACACUGGGAACUACUACUGCUGUCUCUCCUCCGGAUGCUCUGCAGACAUUGAAAAGUGCCAGAAGUUUACCCUCGCUGUCACAGGUAAGGUUUACUCAAAAAAUGAUGUCAGAAAUUGUUUCAGAGUAAUAUCUUGUACCAAGAGAGGAUAAAGGGGACAGAGAAAGCAUCCCCUAUACACACCUUAUUCCAUAGGUAAUUCGUCUCGAGUUAUUUUUAAGACCACAGAUCCCAAGGGGGAUAAGACAACAGCCACUCACAUAGCGCGAAUGUGUUCCGCGUGGAUGACCCACGCUCAGAGCCACGCGUCCUUCACGAAUUGACGCAGAACAAAAUGGUGGAAGACGCAGAGAGCAAUAGUGCUAUUCGUUUUGUCGACGAAAACGACUACAGAGAGAUUUUUGCUAAAGCUGUGUCAGCGAAACGAAAAUUAAAAAAGAAUCGCCCUUCCUCUCUUGUAUAGAGCUAACAGUACAGCAGAGAAAUCCUUAACACGCUGAAUAUUCUGUCAGGAUCAUUUAUAAUUUACAGUUUGAAAAGAGAAAUUUCUGGUUUAAUAUUUAUUCUUUUAUUAGUCUUUCAUUAUUCAACAAAAAUAACACUUCGCGUCCUACUUGCUUUAUUGUACAAACGACCGGUUUCAAUAGACCGGCGAAAUUUCUCAUUUUAUUAAAGCACUGAGGUUACGACAACUUCGAGUUAAACUGCUUUCACGGGUUGUCAAAGAGUCUAGCGAUUUCCCUUUCCCAGGUGAGCGCCGAGUCAUUUCGCGUCAGUAUUCAGGAGUGCUCUCGAUCUCUUUACGCUUUCAUUGCCUUUCGCCUGACAUGUUUUGCACGGCGUUUAGUCAUGCGAAACCUCCACGAAACCUCCACGCAGCGCGCGAGUUAACUUUAUCCGGAUUCUAAAAAUAACUCGAGACGAAUUACCUAUGGAAUAGGGUGUGUAUGGGGGAUGCCUUCUCUGUCCCCUUCAUCCCCUCUUGCUUGUACCCAAAUUUUCCUUGUCGCCUAUAUCUUAGAUAUAAAAAUAUCUUAACAAAACUAUCGUGCGUAUACUACAACCUUAAGAAUACACAUUGCACAAACUACCGUAAACCACUUUACGACGACUGCUUAAUAAUACAAAUGCCAAGGUCAAAGACAGACCGGAGAACAGACAGGGAGCAGUAUACAAGGAAGUAAGCUUAUCACGCGACUGAUUGAAUACAAACGAGCAACAAGAAAUGGUGAUGUCAACAAUCACAUUGCUGAACACCAUUUACAGACGAAACAUCAAAUCGACUAGGACUCUGAGCGAAAUGCAUAAGUAUUUUACAGACUACUAUCAACGAAUCACUUUAAAAAGUUGGUUUACGGCUGAACUGUAACAAACGCCACCGCAUCGUACUCAAUAGUUAGUUUCACCGUACAAACGACUUAUUGACGGGCUGAAGCAAAACUAUAAAAUAUCAGCAAGUCCACAGCGGCAAUUGCAAGCAGUUGCGUGGUGCCCGAUCUCCCAGUUGUAGACCUGGAUCAGUACAAUAAUAACUUGUAGAAAUAUAAAACGGCAAACAGAUUCUUACGGCGAGGCAAUGAAGAAGUAAACAAAAGAACAAAACAAAAAAUGUAUCUUUAAACAAAUUUGCCCAAUAUUUCGGUUUGAAAGACAAACCUUCUUCAGGAGCUAAAAGAAAAAUGAAGAUAAACUAAAAAAGUUUAGUUAUAUCUUACGUUUUCACUUGGUUUUAGUUUCUCUGUGAACUUAAACAACUUACUGUUAACACUGAUUUUAUUUUUGCCCUUGUGUAUGUUACUAAAACACUAGUUCUUUUUUCUUAUUGACAGACGAUACUGAAUGGGUUAACAGCGCCCCUUUGACACUUGCAUCUCAGCGUGCUGUUAUUUUCGCCAUAAUGGCUUUCGCUAUAUUAUUUUAUCAUUUCUGAGCUCACGAAUCACCCGUCGACCUGUCUUCAGAUGAUAACUUAUUGAGGGUUUUGCUCUUUUGUAAUGCAAAACAGUUUACUCAGACACACAUUACGCUACGCGGUAAAGAAUUCUUUGGGCAAAGCUCUUUAAUAUUGUGGGACAGGUAUUGUCAGAUAUUAUACUUCACUGCUUGUAAAACGAUCGGUAACGAGUUUAAUUAGAUGCUAGCAGUAAAGUUAUAGUUGAUUCAGAAUCUAAGCGAAAUGUCAAAUCACUUGAUCACAAAGGACCGCUGUAAAAGCUAAUUAACAACAAUUUUCUCGCAUUCCAUGUUGUUCGUGUUAUUUUCUGUUUUGUUUUGUUUUGUUUUUGACAUUGAAAACUGAAGAUAAUAACAAGCAGUUUGCGUUAAAGUUUCAUGUGUACAAUCGCUUCAAACGCUUGAAAUCUUAACUAAUGAUCACUGCUAGUAUUUUGUUUUAUCAUUUUACUCUGUUCCUCUUGUUAUCAAGUUAUAGUUCGUGUAACAUAUUUGUUUUCUGGUUUUUCCUCCGAUAGAAACCAUUAUGAAAUGACAAUUAAGAUUACUUGUUUUUCUACGGUUUGUAAGUUAUGUUCUUGUUAAUUCUUUUGAAUGGCAAAUGAGGCCUGAUCUUCCCUGGGUGCCCUCCCUCCCUCUUUUCCCCUUUAUUUCACGUCCUCCUAUUCAGCAUUCAAAAAGAUUUAAGUACAAUAUAAUUAUAAACCUGACAACUAAAUAUUAGUAGUACAAAAACAAGUACUUCUGAAGAUUUUUAGUUGUUAAUGAACUUGAAUUAAUACAUAAUCAAGUAAGGAUAAUAGAAAGAAAUCAGACCUAGCCUAUAUUCACUCAGGGUCGCAAGUGACGUUGCAUGCAAGCAUUAUCAUCUUGUGGCCCUUACUGUAUUGACUAUUUUCGAAUCCACCAUAUGUACCCUCUGUUUUGUAAAAGUUAUUGGUAUAUGGCUGGAAUUUUUUUCCCAACCGCGCGCGCCCUCAUUAGUGACAUCGAGGUCACAUGACAUCUAACGUUGAAACUGUUUCCCGUCAAAAUCUCUCUGCGGGUAGUAUUGCAAAAUCUAUGAUGUCAGAAGGUAACAGUGCGUGUUGACCGACAACCGCCGUCCAAAUCAAUAAGGAGCUUUAGCAAAGACGACGGCGACUCCACCGAAAACGUAACGUUUAAAAUGAAUUCGCGUUUCUGCAAACUUUGUCGCGUUUUUUCCAAUUUGCUAAAAAUGUCAAAUGUAGUCGAAUUUCUGUGCAGUUGAUUUCUUGAGGACCGCACUUAAGAUUAGAUAGAGAAAGAAAAAUUCGUCGUCGCUUGUUUAUGUCCUCCAUAAAAAGUGCUGAUUAGUCAAGUUUUCAUGUCGUAGUCCGGCUGUAACACCAAAGAAAAGUACAAAAAAGCGUGAUGCAGGUGCAAAGUUGUUGUUUUGAUUGAAAACCUAUUGCUUUUUUGACCGGUCCUCGUUGCCGUCGCUGUCGUAAUAACUAAAGCUCCCUUUCGCUCGGCUCCGCCCCUAGAAGCUUUGAGAUUCUCGGGAAACAAAAGCUGAACUGUUUCCGUCGGAACCAGUCAUUGAGUGUUUGUUGUUUCCAAAUGCGCAUGGGAAUGACCAGUCAUCCCUGCAGGAGUAUUUGAAAACGUAUCAACAGUUUAUGCAACUUUUGGGGCGAAAACAUAGCGUUCUAUGGCGGGGAUUCGGAAGUGGAGAAUAGGCUUAAAUGACAUAGAUAGGCAAUAACAUUUUUACUGAGACGUACAGUAUAUAUUAUUACGUACAAUUUAAACAGAUUACAAAUUACUGUAUCUUAAUUUAACAUUAUACAUUAUAUAGAUUUAAAAGUAUUUGUAUUGUAAAAGACUUUGGAAAAAAAAGAAUAAAAAUGCGUUAAACCAACUGAUCUGGUUUAUCAGAAAAAUCAAGAGCGUUUUUAUAGAUUUUUGUUAUAUUGUCAGCAUUCAAUUCAGAGAUGUUCUGAAAUUGUUUUUCUUCUGUUACGUCAGAACCUAAGAAACUGAAAGAGGAAUACGCUUUGUAGGGCCGAAGUUUUUUCUUCCUAGCCAGCAUACAGACUUUGCUUUUCAGUAAAUGAUACUUCCAAGGCACCGAGAGUUUCGUUCCAAAUACAGUCCACUUAAAAUUUCAUGAUAAAUCUUCUUUUCAGGGAUGGCGCGGGAGCGGAUAGAGGGUUGGUCUUGAAACCUGUAUCACGCCGUACCCAAAAGAAUAUCGGCAAAGGCACGCCAAGUUAUGAACGUGUUAAACCGGACCCAAACUCAAAGCUAACAAAACCCUUACUAGAUGCAAGCCAAAAGUAAUAUAAGUUUGUACUAAUAAUGGGAAAUAAAACAUAGAACAAAUAAAUAAAACCGUAAUCUUAACCGGACUAUAACAAAAUUCUCAAAUCUGAUUGGCUAUCAACUGUCCUGAUUUCAUGCCUACUAAGUAAUUGGACAGCGCAUGUUUUCGCAAGCGCACUAAUUAAAUGGCUCUUUUUUCAGUACUAGCAAAAAGCUCUCAGAAUUUCUUGUGUCUUAAGUUUAAAAAAAGGCUAAAAUAUCACAAAUUUUGUAAUAGUUAUGAUUAACUGGUAACAAAACUUUGCGUCGUCCAAUUCGGUCUGUAAUCAUGGCUCAUGAUUAAAUAAAUCGGACUCCCGCUACGCGGUCGUCCGAUUUUGUUAAUCAUUCGUAUGAUUACAGACCGAAUGAGACUCCACUCAUUCCUUAUAUUACCAUCACUGAAAUAAGUCAACUAAAUUGUUUUCUGCUGUCCAGUCUCCGUGAAUCUUCAGGGCGACUCAGACAGACAACAACACUACGGUGAUCUUAUUUGCAAUUUCUUAAGUAAGCCUAAAUAUUUGUUCUCAGUUUUAUUUUACUUACAAACUCAUAUUACGCUUGGUUUAACUGCGCCAGCUCGUUUUGAAAUACCACAAUAUUGCAAUUCAAGAUAAAAAUUAGCAAAAUACCGCGUGAAACAGUUGUCCAAAACAUCACUGCAAUUGCAUACUUUCUGUUUAUCCUGAUCCCUUUGAACGGAAUUUUCUUUUCUUUUAAUAAUAUUUCAACUUAUCCCAAUAACGUCAAUUGUCUUAUGACUUAUUAUCAGUGCCAACGGAUAAAUCAAUACGCAAACAAAACACCUGGCUGAAUACGGCUUAACGCUGUGAACAGCUUUGCAUUGUCUUCUUCAGAAUCGGCUCUGGUGUUUUGUGGUUAACAAUAAAUGUAUUGUAUAGAAAUUGAAAGCCAUCUGUUUGCACAAGAGAUUUCAACUAUAGCCUUCAAACAAACAAUAACUUCAACAAGAAGCUGCAUCACGAAAUUUCUGUUCUUGAAAAUUUAGUGACCGAUCAGGACUUGUCAAACGCAAUGUCGUGGAUCAAGACCACUUAUAUAAAGUAUCCAGAAUUUAAACAACGGAGCCGAACUUUGCCCAAAGAACAGGUUGACGCUAUGGUUGCAAGAUUAAAUACAACUAAAGCGUUAGAUGACCACGGAAAUGUUACGAAACAUAACGAGAAAAAAUUAAGUCGAGAGGAGAUUGAUGAAAUGUUGGAAAGGUUAGCGGAUGCCUCCAAAAAUAAGGAGAAAACACCGGAAAGACAGCGAACUGGAGCAGGACGAGAAAUGGGUGUUGUGAAUACUUACGCAUGGAUCAACGGAAAAUUGCUAAGAAGUCGAGUUACCAGACCAGAUGGAAAUUGGUAUUAGUAUACCUUCGAUUGCCUUGCAAGUGUUUCAAGAAAUUCUCAAAUUCACAAAGAUUUCUUGAUCAGAUGUUUGAACUAAAGGCCUAACCAUUGCAAGAGAGUAUGCCUGGCCUUAUUGUGAUAGCCUUCUUCUACGAUAAUUCAGAAAAAAUCAAAGAUGCAGACUGAUACCCAGCCAUGACUGCACAGUGGCUAGAGAACAAGCGGCAUGGUCACGACUUCACUCUGCAGGCAGCAGUUUAGGUCGUCAUAAGGCAUUUCAAUCAUAAACCGGCGUUAAUUGUGUAAAUUACCAGUCAGUUUGAAGCUCCAUUGCACUGAUUACAACACUUGAAAUGGCACUGUGAUCGGGGGAUGAAUAGCCUUUGGUAAAGCUAUAAAACCUUUCCUCUGAACAGAGCAUGCAAGGAAGAACGUCGACAUUGAACGCGACGGUGCAUGCUUAAACUGUUCAAAAACUGCGCGAGGUUGCCUUUAGCAAUUAAAAAACGAAUGUGUUAAUUUUCGUAGUAGUGUAGUAUAGCCACUGAAUUGUUUCGUUGUACGCUGGCGUGUUCCCGGGGGUAUUUUCAAAUACGGGUUUGAACUGUGAAGUCUAUUUAAUGUUCGUUUCUGAGCCUGUCGAUGAUUCUUUUGGUACUAAGGUCGAUGAAUUCGUACAUUGCGUUACUUUCCAAAGAGUUACUCUACUGUUAAUUAGAGGCACUUUUGAGGAUACAAAAUGCUUAAAACAAUUUCUCGAAAUUUACUCAGCUUGUUCAUGACGUCGUUUAAUAAACCAUAAAUCCAUGCCUAUAAUGAGACAAAACUUUGUUUGUUUGUGCCAUUAUCUGCGACGUGGUUUCUGUUUUUGCAUAGGCGCCUGACAGACUCAAGUUAUUAUUCUUAGAUUGGCUUUAAUUUAAUUGUUCAGUUCAAUUAAAAUGAAAAUGAGAUGGAAGAAUCUGUCUACUUAGCACUCAACCUGAUAACAUAAUCCCUCAAAGCUAAAAAAAAUAAAACGGAGAACUGCAACUCAGUUAUUUCAGAUAGGUGACUACAAGCGCAUCAUACUGGUGAACAAUUCGGCUUGUAAUUCAUAUCUCAGGAAGGUGACAAAUAAAAACAAAAGAACAUAUGUCUAUUUAGACUGCAUUAUUGAGACAAAGGCCCCUUUCAGCAACUUACCCUCAAUUGAUCAUGAGUUGAGGUCUUAGUGAUGAGGGAAACCAAGAGAGGACCUUUUCCUCAGAGAGUUUGAAGCUGACCUGAGAUGUAUUUGAUUUUAAAAACCUGUCUAACACUCACAGAGAUUCUGGUCAAGUAUAAAAUGUUUGUGCAUCUAUAAGUGGCGCACAAGUAAAACCAAGCUUUCAUUCUACAUAGGUGUAGUUGUCUCAUUUACCCUGCUCAAUUGUAAGACUUGAACUUGCUCUAAUUUGACAAAAAGCAAAAGCAAAGUUGACAAAGAUGCUGCUGCUGCUGCUGAUGAUGAUGAUAUGUCCUGGUCCCUUCCACAAUCUCCACUGUCCUUGCAGUUACGAACGCACAUUUGAGCUCGCACUGCGCAUGCACGAGUUGCCUGUGCCGUAUAGCGGCCGAGAGGGACCUUGGCACAACAGUUCUCACUGGACGAAACUUGCUUUUGAGCUUCGGUCCUUACAAAUUUGUCAAGGAGACGUAUAGAACCGUACAGAGCAUCCUGAAAACCUGGUCCACGUAUCAGCUUAAAGACUGUUGUGCGGUCGUACAGUCUUGCCACUUAUAUACAGUAGCUACAGUGGGAGUAUUGUUCAGUUCAUGCCAAAGACACUAUGACUUCUCAGCCGUGGGGAACUAUAACCAAACCUCCUUUUGCACUGGGAUAUCAAAAAUUAGACAGCGAGGAAAUCGAAAACGUGGUCGAACGUUUAACCAGACCAAAAACAACUCCAGCACAACAGAAGAAGCGUCCGCGUCCAGCGAUCGAAAAGCGAGCGUUGUCAAGGGACGAAAUCGACGCAAUGGUUGCCCGGCUUGCAAAUAAAGAAGCAAAUUUGGACAAGACACCGGACAGGCGGAGAAUUCAUCAAUACAAGAGGGAAUGGGGAGUUGUUCUUAAUUCCUACGCCUGGAAUGGUUGCAAUCACCAAGCUAUACUUUGCGGAGAAGAAAGCCCGUGA